GGCCAAGUCGCCCGUACGCGAAAGGCUGGCUUGGUGACUGCCAAAGACGCUGUAGACAGGCAAGUAGGCCCGGAGUAUUUGAAAUGCUGAUCCAUUGCAUUCACGGCAAAUAUAAGUAGUGUGUCGUUUCCUGUUUUGCGUUUGUUCUGCUGACUGCUGUAAUCUUAUCUUUUACUACUGAUGGUUUAUUUCUACAAUGGAGUCUCGACCAGAUAACUACCCCCGCCUGGCUCUUCCCAUCUCAGAGCUAAAACCCGCCUACGAUGUCGUCGUUAUAGGGUCCGGCUAUGGCGCUGGUGUUGCCGCGAGCCGUAUGGCUAGGGCUGGGAAGAGCGUUGCUGUUUUGGAGCUCGGGGCGGAAUGGAGAGCAGGUUCAUUCCCCCGUACACUUCCCCAGUGUCUCCGCCAACUUGGUAUUUCGGGUUCGAGACGGAGAUGGAUCGAGGAUAAGACGAGGUUAUUCCAGUUGAAACUCGGAGAGGGGCAGCAUGCUUUUUGUGCCCAUGGACUCGGCGGCGGCUCUCUCAUCAACGCCGGUGUCUUCCUAAAAGCAACGCCAGAGGUAAUAGGGAUGAGCGCGUGGCCGGAGGAAAUCAGAGAAGAUCCUCUGGAUGAAUACUACGCCCGCGCAUCAUCUAUGCUCCAACCCUCAAAAUACCCAGAAACACACUCGCUAAACAAAACGCGCCAUCUGGAGGAAUGCUCUCAGAUUCUAGCCCGUGAAUAUAACAGCCGCAGCCACGGCAAAGUGAAGAGUAACUUCUCCCAUACACCACUAACGACUACCUUCCAAGCCAGCCGGAACAGCACAGGAGUCAUGAUGCAAGCAAAUCAAGGAUCCGGACACGAGUCCACGGGGCUGAAUGACGGGUCGAAGAACUCGGUUCCUGUGACUUAUCUAGCUGAUGCGUGGAACUGGGGCGCGGAGAUUUUCUGUGGGUGUGAGGUGCGGUAUGUUGAGAAAAAUGUCAAGCAAGGGUAUACCGUCUAUUUCUCGUGGAAGGGGAAGGGGAGAGAUUGUUUUAGAGAAGAUACAGAGGCGCAUUUGGUUUGGGUGACGGCGAAAGAGUUCUGCUUCCUUGGAGCUGGUGCGCUGGGGACAACGGAGAUUCUGCUCCGUUCGAGGGAUCAUGGACUAGGGCUGUCUCCUAUGUUAGGGAGGAAUAUGUCCGGAAAUGGUGAUUUGCUUGUUUUCGGAUACAACGGCCGCAAAGACAUCAACGGGAUUGCAGGACCCUCAAGUAAGCCAGGACCAACGAUUACCAGCAUGAUCGAUAACCGCCAGGUGAAGCCCUCUGGAUCUGAAUCUGGACCUUUGGCAGGCUAUAUAAUCGAAGACGGGUGCAUCCCUGAGCCAUUUGCACCGGUUAUCCAGGCCCUUCUGAUCGCGCAGACUCUACGACAUGAACUAUUCUCCGUCCUUUACAGUCCACGAACCCAAUUCUGCAGAACAAUAUCGGCACUCAAAUCUCUACUUCGAGGGCCGUACGUGUCCGGUGGAGCAAUUCAGCGGACGUCGACAUACCUGAUCAUGUCCCACGACAGCAACGAGAUAACCCUAACGCUGAAAAACGACGGACCGUAUCUCCAGGGAAUCGGCGAGGGGAGAUCCAAGAAUAUCCUGCGCAUCAAAGAUUCCUUGGAGAGGGUGAUUAAACAUGCUGGAGGCAGUAUGGGGUUCUCGUAUUUCUAUGGUCUUAGUCAAGAAGAAGUCUCCGUCCACGUCCUCGGCGGCGCAAACAUGAGCCGCGAUGGAACCGGUCGUGAAGGGGCGACGAACCACCGGGGACAGGUUUAUACAGGACAAGGCAGCGAAGUCUACCCCGGUUUAGUCUGCUGCGAUGCGUCUGUGAUUCCAACUUCUUUGGGCGUGAAUCCACUUGCCACGAUUACUGCGCUUGCGGAGCGCUCGGUGGCGCUUGUUGCGGAGGAGUCGGGGCUGGAGAUUGACCUUGAGACGCCUAAUGGGGUUCUGAAUGUUGAUAGUAGACCUCGCGUAUCUCACUUUAAGGAUAAUUUAGACGAUGAGCUUGUCUCGACGGGGUGGCAGUUUACAGAGGCUCUGGAGGGAUAUAUCAGUGUGCCAUCAGGGCCCAACUUUGAAGUGUCUGAAAGAGAAGGGAAAGGCUCUUCAUCGGCUAUACGCAUGCUUCUUACAGUGGAAAUACAGCGGAAGAUGCAAGGCGGGUUGAGAUACCACGGAGUCUGCACCGGGACUGUAUCCUGUCGCGCUUUAUCACGACGAGCAAUGAGGGUCAUGAGAGGAGAGGUGGACUUCUUUGUGCCGGGUGAUGGUAUUGAUUCAACGGCCUUGAGAUAUAGACUACCACUCCAGACGGUAGAGGGCGAAGAGCUGAUGCUGGUGGGAACCAAGACCAUCGACCCAUCCAGCGCAUUUUCUGUAUCUCGGCUGUGGAAAGCUACAACUGUGGUGAAUGUUCAUGUCUCUUCCAAGGGAGAGAGCGUAGGAGCUGGUGUCCUGCGCAUUCCAUUGUCGUCAUUCCAGCGGCAGAUACGCUCAUUCCGAUCAACAGGCUCAACCGCUGCUGCGUUGCCAGCACUGUUGAUGUUUCUUCUAUACUUCAUCUUCCAGAUCAGUCUGUUCUUCUUCCACCCUCUUAUACCGCGCUGGUUUACCCCUGCCAAAAGCCACAGUCGAGUUUUCGAAGCUAAGCAACCUCUAUCAACUCGUGAGAUCUCAGCUUCAGACGGAGUCACAGUCAAACUCGAGCUAUACAGCCAAAAGCCGGACGAGAACAAACCACCUAUCUUAUUCCUCCCGGGAGUCACAGGCUUAAACCCACAGCACUCCAUCUACACCCUCCCCUUCCAACGCACCAACAUGGUCGAGUACUUUACCUCCCACGGCUACAGCUGCUACGUCCUCACCCCCCGCUGGAGCAUCAACGAGAACACUGCAAAAGAUUGCACCGUCUUCGACAGCCGUCUCGACAUAGCCGCCGCCCUGCAGCACAUCAGCCAGAAACCGUAUAUAAUCGCACACUGCCAGGGCUCCGUUGCGCUCGCAAUGGGCCUCCUAGACGGAUCAAUCAAGUCUUCCCAGAUCCUGGGAAUAACCGCAAACUCCGUCUUCAUAACGCAGAUAUUCCCGUUCUGGAAUGCCGUCAAGGCAUCUAGCACGCUUCUCAUCCGCCUUUACGAGUUUCUGGACGGGCCGUAUUUCCCUGUUAGUUUUCUCCCAGCAUCAAAAGACAGGAAUGGAAAGAAGAAGCAGAAGAAGAAAGAUAUACUCCAGCACGCACUCGAUAUUAUUCUAUCAUUCUACCCAGUCCCCCACGCCAGAGAAUUCUGCACCUCGUCAACCUGCCACCGCACCUCCUUCGCCUUCGGUCUCCUCUGGAACCACCGGAAUCUCUCCCCAGAGCUGCACAAUAACAUCGGCCGCUUCUUCACGGGGACGUAUACCAAGCUCCUCUCGCACGUCGUCCGCACGGGCUCACGCGGCGGCUGUUUAGAGUAUAAACAAGCCCUCCCAGGGACAAAACUAGAUCUUGAGCAUCUCCGCGGUGUGCCGAUCUUGUUCAUGUCUGGCUCCGAGAAUCAGGUGUUUAGCCCUGAGUCUACGCUGCGGGAUUAUGAGAUGUUGCGAAGGGAGUUUGGGGAGGGAAUGUAUCGCCGGUUUUUGGUGGAGGGGUAUGGACAUCUGGAUACGAUUGUUGGAGAUAGGGCUGGGGAGGAUGUCUUUUGGAGGGUGAGGGGACAUUUGGAGGGUUUAAUAUCUAAAUAGAUCUAGAUACUUGAUAGUUGAUACCUGGAAUAGUCUAUUCCACGACUCAGAGGGCAACCCUUGCAAUGCUCAAGUGCUCAUGCCAAAUGCAUACUUGUAUAUAUCUAUAUAUGAAAAGCAGUUAGGAGAGUCCGAGGCGAGCCGGACGGAG